GUCGCGUUUCCUGGAGAUUCGAAAUUGCAUCGCUCCCGUUCCGACUCCGAAGCAACAUAAAUUCUAAGCGUGGUUUUUACGUUGGGAGGGUGCUCUCAAUUGAGUUUCGAACGGGGUUUGUAUUGGAUAGAUGGAUUCCUGCUUCGGUGAAUUGCGUCCGGAGGUAUUGGCCGGAGAUCGCCGGUCGGAGGCUCUAGGUGACCUCCGUGUUCUUCCGGAUGAAGUUUUGUGUAUUAUAUUGGCGAAUCUCACGCCUCUCGAUGUCGCGCGCCUCUCUUGUGUUAGCAGUGUGAUGUAUAUAUUGUGCAACGAGGAGCCACUGUGGAUGACUCUGUGCCUUAGUGUUGUGAUUCGUGAUCUGGAGUACAAAGGAUCGUGGAAGAAAUCUGCCUUGCACCAAUUAGAUUUGCUACACAAAUAUACCGAAGCUCCGCCAAAACAAACUCUGUACUUUGAUGGAUUCAAUUCAUUGUUUCUCUACAGAAGGUUCUAUAGAUGUAAUACGACAUUAAAGGAAUUUUACUUUGAUGAUGGAAAUGUCGAGAGAAGGGAGAACAUCUCAUUGGAAGAGUUCCAUAAGGAUUAUGAUGGUCAAAAACCAGUUAUGAUUGAUGGAUUAGCAGAUAAUUGGUCUGCAAGGAAAUCAUGGACAUGUGAAGAGUUCUUGCUGAAGUAUGCAGAUACAAAGUUUGGUAUAUCACAAAGGAGUUCAAAGAAAAUAAACAUGAAGUUUAAGGAUUAUAAUUCAUACAUACAACUUCAACGUGAUGAAGAUCCUCUAUACAUUUUUGACGAUAAGUUUGGGGAAGCAGCACCAGACUUGUUGAAGGAUUACAGUGUGCCCCAACUAUUUCAAGAAGACUAUUUUGAUGUACUGGAUAUUGAUCAUCGACCUCCUUUUAGGUGGCUUAUAAUUGGACCAGAGAGAUCUGGGGCCUCGUGGCAUGUUGAUCCAGGUCUAACCAGUGCAUGGAACACGCUUCUCUCCGGCCGUAAAAGGUGGGCUUUGUAUCCUCCAGGACGUGUUCCUUUAGGAGUGACGGUGCAUGUAAAUGAAGAUGAUGGUGAUGUCAAUGUGGAUAGUCCAUCAUCUUUGCAGUGGUGGCUGGAUUUUUAUCCCCUUUUGGGCCCCGAAGACAAACCAAUAGAGUGUACCCAAAUGCCAGGAGAAACGAUAUAUGUUCCAACUGGGUGGUGGCAUUGUGUGUUGAAUUUGGAGACCACUAUUGCAGUCACACAAAAUUUUGUCAACUCCAAAAACUUUGAAUAUGUAUGCUUGGACAUGGCUCCUGGGCACCUUCAUAAAGGCGUCUGCCGUGCAGGGUUUCUUGCUCUUGAUGAGGUUUCCUAUAAUGAUAUUGUUAAGCAUGACUCUGAUUUAACUAGGAAAGAGAAGAGGGUCCGGAUGUGCCAGUCCCUAGAGGAUGCAGUCUCUGAGAAUGUAACAAAUAUGGAUACACGUGAUGAUUUGAAGGAUUUAGAAUAUUCUUAUGAUAUUAAUUUCCUAUCCAUGUUUCUGGAUAAAGAGAAGGACCACUAUACUUCAUUGUGGAGCUCUGGAAACUCCAUGGGACAGCGAGAAAUGCGAGAUUGGUUAUGGAAACUCUGGGUUGGAAGACCAGAACUUAGAGACCUAGUAUGGAAGGGGGCCUGUCUAGCGCUCAAUGCUGAAAAAUGGUUUGAACGUGCGGGAGAAAUUUGUGCAUUUCACAAAUUACCUGCCCCUCGGCUUGAUGAGAAACUUCCUGUUGGCACAGGCAGCAAUCCUGUCUAUGUCGUUGAUGAUUAUGUGAUAAAAAUAUUUGCCGAAGGAGGCUUGGAAACUUCGCUUUAUUGUUUAGGCACUGAGCUCGAGUUCCAUAAUCUACUGAAUAAACUGAACUCCUCUCUGAAGAAUCACAUCCCUACCGUAUUAGCAAGUGGGAUUCUCAUUUACGAAAAUGGAUCACGCAGAGCCUUGCCCUGGGAUGGUAGAGGCAUAUUGGACGUAGUCACCACAAGCAAUUCCGUCUCAAUAAGAUAUAAUGAAGUGGACUACGCAUUUGGAGUCUGGGGGAAAAAACUCUUCGAACAUGAAAUAGCUGGGAAGCUGCCACUACACGAAUUAACCAAUAGUGAGAAGAGCUCCUCGGUGUGGCCGUAUAUUGUGACAGAAAAAUGCGAGGGAAAAAUAUUUACUGAACUAAGAGAUGCCCUCUCCUCGGCAGAUACACUUAAUUUGGCCUCCUUCCUUGGUGAGCAGCUGCGUGAUAUUCACCUUUUGCCUGUGCACUGGCCAUCUCCCGAUGACUCGACUCUUUCAGUCGGAGAAGAUCAUUUGAAAAUGGCCCUCGCUAAUGGGCAUGGUGCGGCUCACUCAUUCGACCGGAGAUUAUUUGUCAGCAUUCUGAACAAGCGGAGGAAGAACAUCACAAAGCGAUUGGUUGAUUGGGGCCAUCCAAUUCCUAGCAACCUGAUUGAGAAAAUUGACGACUACAUCCCUCUCGACUUGACAGGGUUUUUAGAUAUUUUUGAGGACGAGACAGGAUUCCGAAGAUCGUGCACCUGGAUACACUCGGAUGUAAUGGAUGAUAAUAUAUACAUGACUCCAUGCCGCCCGGCUUCUCGAUUGGCAGAAAGCGCCCCCUUUCCUCGGCUACCCGAUAAUGCAUUGUUUAGCAAAUCUAACUGCAGCCAGACGCAGUCAUGGUGUCCAAGCCACAUUCUUGAUUUCAGUGAUUUGUCCAUAGGAGAACCAAUAUUCGAUCUGAUUCCCGUACAUCUUGACGUAUUCCGGGGAGAUCCUACUCUCCUGAAACAGUUUCUCGGCAGCUACAAACUUCCGCUCUUGAAAAGGGAAUUGCUCAAACAGUCGGUCGAGGACAGCAGGUUCAAAAAACUCUCCUACCGCGCCAUGUGCUACUGUAUUUUGCAUGACGACAACGUUCUCGGAGCCGUUUUCGGACUCUGGAGAGAGCUGAGGACAGCAACGUCAUGGGAAGAAGUUGAGGAGAAGGUUUGGGGUGAACUAAACAACUAUGCAGGCUUCUGCUGACCGUUCUUUUUGAAAUUAUUAUGGUAAACUUUACUUCUCACCACAUAAAAAAUAAAUAAAAAAUGAAAAAUAGAAGGGUUGGGAAUUCCAGGGGUAUUAUAGUACGUUGUUAACUAAGAAUUUGGCCAAUGCUUUAUCUGUGUUACUGUUUUUCUAUCAUCUAAUUACAUUAUUGUUCUUAAUACUAUCCUAUUGUAGUUUAUUUUGUUUCACUACAAUGGAUAUGAUUUUAAUUAUAGUAAAA